CACACAGCGAGGUACCCUUUUGCUCCAUUGGUGAAGCAAGCAUAUAUGCCAAAUUUCAAGAAGCAAAUAUAUUUCCGGGACACACAAACUUGGGUAUAUAACUUAUAAGAAAAAAGAAGAGAAAAAAAAGAACACAAAACUUCCAUCCCUAGUCUAACUUGUUCACUUGUACACAUAACUAAGCAAAGUGCCUGUUCCUCACAACUAAAAAACACCCCAAAGAAUCCCUCUUUUUCUGCCACUUGUACGCCUCUUAUGCACUCCCCUCUCGCUUUAUUUACUUACACCCCCUAUUAUUUCUCAUGCACAGCCCCUUGCUUUGCUUUGCUUUGCUUUCCUCUCUUCUCUUCUUCUGUUGGUUAAGGAUGGAUUUCGCCGGACUCCGCCGCCUCCUCCUCCUCCUCCUCCUCCUCCUCCUCCUCGUAUCCACUUCUACCACUCAUUUCUUCACUCCCUGUGAUGCUAGAAGUGUGGAGAGAAGGUCCAAGAAACUCCAGCUGGCGAAAUACUUGGAUGUAAUUGGGCAAAAGGUGAGCCACGUGGAUGGUGGGACCAAUUCCCAACCUUACGUGAGCUCCCCGUUUACUCUCCCGCCAUUCGAUUCGUUGCCGGACAACGCGCCCCCUUAUUGCUCCUAUCCCCCAGCUACUCCUCUGCCUCCCUCCUCGCCCUUCACCUACAUUUCAUCGCCGCCGCCGCCGCCCUUCUAUUAUCUUCCCCCACUGCUCCCACCUCCCACCCCAACCUACGGCUCUCCCCCCAGCUUCACCCCGCCUUACUAUUACGAGCCCAGCCCUCCAAGCUACGUUCCCAGCCCACCCUCUCCCACGGUGUUCGUGCCGAGCCCACCCGUGUUCCAGCCACCCGUCAUUUACCCUCCCCCGAGCGUGCCGCCCCCUCCCCACUCCGCACCCAAUAUAGCCCUUUGGUGCGUGGCCAAGCCCUCCGUGCCUGACCCAAUCAUUCAAGAGGCCAUGAACUAUGCCUGCGGGACGGUGGCGGAUUGCGACACCAUUCUCCCCAACGGACCCUGCUUUCUGCCCAACACACUCAUCGCCCACGCUUCCUACGCCUUCAAUAGCUAUUGGCAGAGAACCAAGGUCGGCGGCGGCACCUGUGAGUUCGGCGGUACCGCCAUGCUUGUCACCGUGGAUCCCAGUUAUGAUGGCUGCCAUUUCGUUUACACGUAGACACCACACUAUGAAAUGGAAUUGUUUUAUCCACUUUUGAAGACACGUGAGAAACAUGUACAGACUAGAAAUCUAGAACAUAAUAUCACUCUCCAUUUUUUCCCCACUCUUUU